UUCCAUCCCUGGAAGUGAAUGUGUACGGUAGCCCUACUGUCAACUUGGUCACUACUAUACAUACAAUUUUCAGUCUUUCGUGAGAUUAAAGAAAAAAUACGCUAUUAAAAUGGAAGAAACUCCCGAGUUUACAGAAAAACCAAUUGUUCAUGAGCAUCAACCGCGUCUUAACGAGGUGGCCCAGAAGUUCUUGGCGGAUCUGGACGAGGAGCGCCAGCGUCUGUCCGCCGAAUUCCCGUUAUGCGCGUUGCUAAUCGAUGAAGCUGUGGACCGUGUUUACUGCACUGGCCGCAUUCCGGGCAAAGAAUUCUAUGCCGACGUCUACAAGCAGAAGCCCAUGAAGAUAACCCAGAAGGUCUUUGUGCCUGUCAAGCAGUAUCCGAAGUUCAACUUCACUGGCAAGAUUCUGGGACCCAAGGGAAACUCCCUGCGUCGCCUGCAGGAUGAGACCCAGUGCAAAAUCGCCAUCAAGGGGCGCACCUCGAUCCGUGAUCGAGCCAAGGAGGAACAGCUGCGCAACUGUGGCGACCCGCGGUAUGCCCAUUUGCAAAAGGACCUCUUCCUGGAGGUCAGCACUGUGGCCACCCCGGCCGAGUGCUAUGCUCGCAUUGCCUAUGCUCUUGCCGAGAUCCGUAAGUAUCUAAUUCCAGACAAGAACGAUGAGGUGUCGCACGAGCAGCUGCGCGAGUUGAUGGAAAUGGAUCCUGAGUCGGCCAAGAACAUUCAUGGACCCAACCUAGAGGCUUAUAGAUCCGUAUUUGAUAAAAAGUUUGGUGGCAGUAGCAACGGAGCCCCCAAGUUCAUCAAUUUGAUUAAGAGAGCUGCGGAAAAUCCGCCUGAAGUUGACGAGGCGGAGGAGGUGGCCUACGAAUACGAGCACCGUAUGGCCGCCAAGCGCGCACCCACUGGCUAUGAGUACAGCAAACCACGUCCAUCAAUAAUAUCAACAAACGCAGCGGCAUAUAAACGACCAUAUCCGACUGACAUGAAACGUAUGCGCGAACCGCCCAUCAAGUCCUAUAAGCCCAAUCCGUAUUCCAUUCUCAAAAAAUAUAAACAAUAAUACCGUGCUGCACCGACCGCGGCUCCGGUUGAUUUCACCGCACACAGCUAUAAAUGAUAACUAAGGACGAUGUUUAUGAUUAUAAAAGAAGCCCUGCUGAGAACAAUAUGAACACACAUAAUAAAUCGAUAAAAGACUCUUGGCCAGUCAAGAAGAAACGUUAACAAGAAGCGUUAAUUUUAAAAUAAUUCUAUGAAUGAAUAAUGUAAGAUGCGUUCACACGCCAUAAAAUCGAAAGAAGAUAACAUUAAUCCUUAAUUUACAAUUUUCAUAAACAAAUCUAAACUGUUGGCGUCAACGCCAUCAGAUCAUAAGUCCAAUAUAUUCUACAAAUACUGAUUGAUUGAUUAUAUGAGUUCUCAAUUAUCCACGAUUCUUGAUGAAAUAAAAGAAUUAAAUAAUCACUGUCGAAGCAGAACCAAUUAUAAUCGGUUCAAUUGAAUAAACCCAUCCAGCCCAUACUUAAUUUACUCAUGUCACUAGCAGUAGAAGCAAGAUAUCUUUGUGAAAUAAAUAAAUACCGGUAUGGAAUUAUCAAAUUGUUCAAUUCAAACUGAAUAACUCCCAGAUCAAGAGUCCAUUUUUGGAUAUGAAAAACAUUAAUGCGUUUUAAAACUAUGUUAAUAAACCAUUAUGAAUUUAUAAACAAGAAAUAAAGAAAAUACAAUAAAU